AUGUGCAAAGAAGGGAAUAUAUGGAACUACAUAUUGCAGGAACAUAAACAGAAACAUGAAAUAAGACACGCAGAACCCAGCAUGAAGAAAGGGAAGGCUGCGGGGGACGCAUCAGGGGAGUUUGGGUUACAGAAACUGAUUAAACAAAUAGUAUAUAAGAGAAAUCACCCGACAGAUGUGCAAAUUUAUCCUCAUUACGAUGCCAAAAUCAUCAAGGACCACAGAGUGCAACAAACACAACCAAUUUUAGGUCACGUCGUAAAGCGGUGUGACAAAGGCUCUUCUGCCUUCGCUUGUUGUGGGGGUAUGGAAGGCACUAGGCAAGCCAAGAUUGGUCACACUUGGGCACACAUGUACUCAUGGUUUUGGACAAGCAUUUGGUACAAAGGUUGGGAGCUUAAAGGGGAACAGUUUGAGGCAAUUGCAAAAGUGAUUCUACGUGUUCCCGGCUACUUCAUCCUUUACUAUUGGUACCAGAACGAUAUCCGCAACUGUAUCCCCAGAUCCUUGGCCUGGGCUGAUGUUGUAUCUUCUGGCUUUUCAAUAUUUGCUGUCAUCCAAGGAGUAUUGGUCCUGCUGCUGCCGUUAGAGCAGUUGGUGACACUGUAUAUGCAUUAUCUUACUAUAGCAGUGUUGGCUGCAGCAGAUACUUUUUCUAAUUACUAUAUUGAGGGAGAGAAGCUUCUUGUGAACCAGUGGCCAGAUUAUGGUACUGUCAGCUUUCAGGGCUUCUCAAAUAUGCUGAUGUUACAAAAGUCAUUGUUUGACCCAAACAAUGACAUGGAGACCUUAUUCCUGAGACAACAAGUGGCUGCCAUAGUGUUUCAUACCCUUGUGGCUACAUUUGUAACAUUCUUCCUGGACUUGGAUUGCAACAAGGAUAAGAUCCUUCUACUAGUAUAUCUUGUCCCAGUCUUUGCAAGACUUGCUGGGUUUCCAGUUACAGAGCUACAUUUGACACACAACUUUGCUUCAUGCUUUGUGAUUUUUUUGACAGUUCAGUAUAUUUUUCUUUGUGUUCCUCAUGUAUUCAGAUUUCUGAAACAUGUAUAUAAUUCUUUAGUAGUAAUGCUUGAACUGUAUGGACCACUGGGAGUUGUGAUGACACUCUGGAGUAGACUUUUUGUCCCUAUACAGUUACUUCUCUUCUGGUUGAUGCUCUUCACAACUCAACUUUAUAAUCACUAUCUCCCAUCCCAAGAAACAGCCAUAGCAGCAAAAUCAUCAACUCUGUCUUCACAAAAUGUUGCCUCAGUGACAAGUGGAGGAACAGUAACAUCACCAAGUGCAACCUCAACAGUGGGAGGAACAUCAUCUGGAGAGAUGUGGUAUUUGGUGUUUGUUCAGAGCGCGGCUGAAGUGUGUUAUACACCACUUAUGUUAGCAGGUACCUGUGUAGCUGUGUCUUAUGCUUCAAGGUUAAUUCUAGCUCUUACUAGAGCUUAUACAGCUGGGCCAGGUGCUGCACCACUCCCAGAUGAUCUUGUCCACUCAGGUUGGACAGAAGGGGUCACAAUGGCCUUGCUGGCAGUACAGACCUCAUUGCUGAGUAUGGCUAUGCCAGAGAGGUUGGCAGUGCUGUCAAUAAUUUUGUUGAUUGUUGUCUCUUCUCUUGUGCAAAGUAUGUAUGAGUUAGUGGAACCAGUAGUUUUAGCCCUUAGUGCCCAAGGAGUAGCAUCCAUAUCAAGGCAUUUUCGGGCUGUAUCAGCGUGUCUGCUUUUAUUGUUCUUGCCACUGUAUAUGGUUUACAUGUUUACACUAAUAUUUGAACAAGACUUUUGGCUUUUGUUAGUUGUGUCCACCUGCAUCAUGACUUCUGUACAAGUAUUAGGGUUGUUGGCUACUUAUGUACUCCUUACUUGGGAUGCUGUUUGUGCACAGCCUUGGCCAGGUUUAGAUGAUCUAGUUUAUUACACUCGUGCUACAACAAGGGUGUUUGAGUUCAUAGUUGCUGUAUUUGUUGUUGGAGCAGGGGGAAAAGAAUCUAUUACUGGUCAGUGGUCAUGGAUCAAUGCUGUUGUACUACUUAUUCAUUGUUACUUUAAUGUCUGGCAGAGACUCCAACAGGGAUGGAAGAGUUUCCUUUUAAGGUUAGAGGCUGCUAAAAAGAUAUCUAGCAUGCCUGAACCUGAAAAAUUUUACAGAAUUACAAUGAUGUAUGUGCAAUCUGUUAUGCAGAAAUGUCAACAGCCAGGAUCACACAUUGUCAACACUAUUUCCAUGGCCCUUGCCUUCGUAAGUGGUUGUAUGUACAAGACAAAUGCCCUGUGCAUGCAAACCCUAAAUUUGAAAAGGAUGAAAAAAUCUGAAAUUUUAAAGGGAGGGCUUAGCCAAAAAUGCUUUAACCACCUCCACCAGAUUCUAUCGAGACUGAGCUUGGGGCAAAUAUUCCUAUGCCAGAUGAGGGUGAUAAUGAAGAUAUUAGCCUCCUUAAUACAGAUGACGAGGAGGAAGAGUCCAAAAGCUCUUGAGUCAAAAUUUAUGAGGAUAAAAAAGGUAUACUAGCUGAGGAGACAAAUAUACACCAGCAAAUGUAGGAGUUCUAAAAUGAGAGUUUGAUAGUGUAAUAUCCAUUGAUACACUUAAUAUUUU